CGCUCCCUGACAAAUCGAACGCAUUUCUUUCCAGAAGCAAGAUGCCUCCGCGCGCCCUCGCACGUCAGUCUUUGCCAUUGUUGUAAGAAUGACAGCCAAGGACGGCAGCUACGCUGCGUAGGAGGAGCUAGCGGCGUGUUUCCGCUAAAGAACAGGCCGAGGCAGCGAUCUAUGCAGCCCUACUGCUAGCUACCAGCAACCGGACAGUUAGGAGCUAACGCAGGAAAUUGCUUAACUACAGUUUACUACGGCUUUAUUGCCGGGAAGCCGCGGUUUUACCUUUCGGGUUCGGGAACAACAACGGGGGCAGCGAUGGAAGCCGAGUUUUGGGAAAUCGACGAAAAUGGGACUUGGAACUCCGUAUAUGAGGACAUUCGCCAGCAGUCUUGUGAAUUACCAUGCAAGGUUGCCAAAUUUCCCGAAAACAAGACUAGGAACCGUUACCGGGACGUCAGCCCCUUUGACCACAGCAGAAUCUGCCUGCAGCUGGGUCCAAACGACUACAUCAACGCCAGCCUAAUAACUGCAGAAGAGGCGCAGAGGAAAUAUAUUCUUACUCAGGGACCCCUUCCAAGUACAUGUGGUCAUUUCUGGGAGAUGGUUUGGGAGCAGAGGACCCGCGGAGUUGUGAUGCUGAACCGGGUCAUAGAGAAAGGAUCUAUCAAAUGUGCCCAAUAUUGGCCUCAAAGGGAGGAGAAAGAUGUCAUCUUCGAAGACACCAGCUUCAAGGUCACUCUCGUCUCGGAGGACAUCAAAUCAUACUACACAGUCCGACAGCUGGAGCUGGAGAAUCUGUCUACUCAGGAGACACGUGAAAUUUUACAUUUUCACUACACAACCUGGCCUGACUUCGGGGUCCCAGAGUCUCCCGCCUCCUUCCUCAACUUCCUCUUCAAGGUGCGCGAGUCGGGCUGUCUGAAUGCGGAGCACGGGCCAGUGGUGGUACACUGCAGCGCCGGCAUCGGACGCUCCGGGACCUUCUGUCUCGUGGACACCUGCCUCCUUUUGAUGUCUCUCCGUAAAGACCCGUCUUCGGUGCGUAUCCGUGAAGUGCUGCUGGAGAUGCGCCGUCAUCGGAUGGGUUUGAUACAAACGCCAGACCAGCUUCGCUUCUCCUACCUCGCCGUGAUUGAAGGUGCCAAGUACAUCAAAGGAGACACGUCUCUCCAGGAGUCAUGGAAAAAGCUGUCGAAUGAGGAAGAUGAUCCUCCAGAGUUCACCCCGCCGCCUCCUCUUCCUCCUCCCAGAGACCCUCACAACGGCCGAGUGCAGCCAUGUUUUUUCCCAGAUGACGUAGAAUUCGUCCAGCCUGUGGAAACGUCCCAACUGAGGUCUCCAGCAGACACAGAGCUGAGGAACAGAAACCCAGCCGCCCCGGAGCUGCCUCCGGACAGACGGGACGGGCCUGUGGGAAUCGAAGACCUGACGUCCGGCGCUCCGAGGAAACCCCAGCAGGGGGCGGCGGCGGAGGACGGGACGGAGGGAUCAGAGCGGGAGAAGGGAACCUGUCCUGUGCCGGGGGCCUGGUCCCCUCUGACGGCCCACGUGUGCCUGGGCACGGCGCUGGCCCUCAGCGCUUACGUCUGCUACCGCGUCUAUUUCCACUGAUGUCUGUCCUUCCUCCUUCCUGUCGUCUUUUCUCUUUCGUUCCAUGAUGUGGACUCGGCUGGCCGGUCAGCCUGCGUCGACGCGGUUCUCCUGUGAUCAUGUUGUAAACGGUCGGCUGCCUCUCUUUACCCAAAACCUUCUGUGUGUACGCCAUCUCCGACGCUCAGGGCCUCGCUUUUUCAGGUGCCACAUCAUCCUAAAUAAACGUACGUGUGUGUUUGUGUGUGUGUGGGGGGAGGGCUGAGUGUGUGUGCCGACCCAAACGCAAACGCAACAUAAAACAAACGUCGGUCUGCUAAGGCGAAGGGGUUUGCAUUGAGCACCUCCGCCUAAUUUACACGCUUCUUCUUUCUUAUUUACCAAAAUGACACCUUUGAAUGUUUUUCCAUUUUUAUCCUGAACACGUUUAGUAACAGGCUGAUCAUGAUUUUGAUCAAGCUGGACUGAAAACAUGUCACUAAGGGAGAAGCUUUGUUCACACAAAGAGUUUAUGAAUGAAAGUGUGGAUUUUCAAUGAUCUCUGCACACUAGUUAUGCUUUUUUUAUUCCUUUGUACGACGGGGUAUUAGGGCCACUUGGAAAAUAAUUUAAAAUGAAAUUACGAGAAUGAAGUUGUAACAUUAUGACUUUAUUCUUUUAAUAUUACAACUUUAUUUUUGCAAUAUCAUGACGUUAUUCUCAAAAUAUUACGACUUUAUUAUCGUAACAUGACUUUACUCUUGUAAUUUUACUUUUUCUUAGUAUGGCCCUAAUAUUUGUACAUUUGUGAAUCUAUUCAGUGAAAACUAUAGAUAGUUCCCACAUGACGUCACGAUUCCUACAGCCUGGUGCUCCAACACCAUCUUGAUAGUACGGAGGCAGUUUUAACACUUUAUUAAUUAUGCAUAAGUGAUGUUUGGAUAUUGUUACAUUUAAGGGUGUAAAUACAAAGGCGAUAAAACAGUGAAGAAGUUCUCAUUACAUCCUGUAGAGAUGAGCAAACUUUGCUAUUUGUGUUGCGUUCCAGUUACCUGGGAAAAGUUAACUAGUUAAGAAGUCUGUAUUUUAGAAUGGUGUCGCCCACAAACAUUGUUUGCAAAAACUCUUUGUAGUUUCAGGCGCUUACAUGUGGCAUUGAUUUUAGACGCACUUCUAUUCCGCUUGUGUCUCGUAAAAUUAACAUAUUUCCACCACGUUUUAAAUGUUGAUGCCAGGAGCGGAAAUUUUGAACCGCAAAGCCCACCUUGCAAGUUGUAACUGGGGUUAGUUGGAGCUGCUCCCGGUUUCCUCAGUGGAAAUCCCACUUCGGAGAACGUUGGAGUUGGUUUAUCCCAAACGGGAAGUCGAAAUUUCCCAGCUCUGAGUUCAACUGGAACGCAGCGUUAGCAUCGAUGACAGCGGCUGGAUAAUGUCCAGAGGAAGCACAAUCCAUAUAAUACAAAACGUAUUCUGAUCACUUUAUUAGUGCUAAUAAUAUUUUCAAAUGUUCUGUCAAUCAAUAACGGCGUAUUGAACUGAUUGUUGUAAAAACUUCAUUUUGUUGGAAAACCUGCAGAGUUUCAUGACUGAUUCAUUUGCACAAAGUUAUGAAACAUGACUAUAAAGUGAGGAUGUCCAAAUACACAGUUCCUCUAGAACAAAAAAAAAAUCCAAAUUACAUUCAGUCUCUGCGAUUACUUCUUAUGUGACCAUAUUAACAAUCAUAUAAUGUCAAUAAACUUAAUUAAUUUUACAUUCCAGUUAUUAUGCGUCACAAAUAGCAGAUAGAGAAAGAAGCAGUAGACUGUAUGUCGUUAAUCAGAUUUUCAUCUUAUGAAAAGGAUUAGUGCCGUUUUACAUUUACACUCUGCGCAAUAGAAAGAGACGGAUCAGUUUUAUUCACAAGCACACAUACAGAAACGCGAUCAGAUCAUUGAAUGGCCGUCAGAAAACACAAACGACUAUUUUCAUAAGAUGUGCUAAAGCUAGACACUGAACUAGUUCUCCUGAAGAGUAGAAAAAGACGCAAAAAGACUAAUUUAAGCUUCGGUAACACUGUUUACCAGUUGCCUACCAAGAUGGCGCCUUCCGGGGUAAAUUACUUCCAGUCCGGUCUUGUGGGAACUAUCUAUUAAUGCAACAUUUACAGUAAGUACUAGAUGCUUUUUUUUUUUUUUUUUUAGGGUGACGUGUCUCCUCCAGUUUCCAGGCAGAAUCGUGUUAUUUUUUUAUUUUAUUUUAUUUUAAUCCUGAGAUGGAUCACAACACAUGGCUCUACAUACUGUCCGUAGUUUCACAGUCGAUGUAAAAACCUCACCUGAAGGUAGCUGACAUGCCUUGUAAAGCGAGCGAAAGGUCAGAGUAGCUCACACCCAACUAUUUGCCAGCAAUAAAAAAAAGGACGUGUGGUGUCCUUUCACGUAAAUUAAAAUAUCGUUAAGAAGUCUGUUCAUCUCAGUGAUUCAGUUCAAAAAGCCAAACUCACAUGUGAUGUAAGAUGAGCCUGUGGCUCUGCCAGGGUUUUAAAGAAAAUACUUUGUCAGGAUUUAGUUCUUCUCAACUCCAUAGAUUCCUUUUUGAGGUUUUGAUCAUGUGAAUUUAUCAUCGGGCUCUAAAAGGUCUUCAAAGAUUUCUGCUCUGACUUUAAACUUGCUUGUGCACCUUUUUCCUUCCACCUAACUUUCCAACAUAACCAUGUGCCAAUGACGGUGCAAGACAGGAGUCGUCUCUUUGAUUGUGCAGUUUGAACCUGAGUUUUGGGGGCUUACAAGGGAUGCACAGAUGCAAAAAUUUGGGACGAUAUCUACAUCGGAUACAAACGAUAUCAGCAGUAUCGUUUAUAUUGCUGGUAAACCAUAUUUACUGAUAUUAUAAAUAUUUCUGUACUGUUUUGAUAGAAAUAAAUGCCAACAAGAUGAAAGCAAAUAUUGGUUGUUAAUACCGGCCUGGUUUUAUUUAUCGCACGGACAGAUGUUAUAACAUGACCAAAAUCAGCCGAUGCCGAUGUUUGUCCCGAUAUAUCGUGCAUCACUCGUUUUCACCAGUUCGUCAUGAAAGUUCAUCAAAUGAAAUGCUUUAUAUUUAUCACUUUGUGAACUGAAUUACUGAGCUAAAUGAACUUCUUAGUGAUAUUUUAGUUUGUAGAGAGGUAUGUGUAGGUCUCUGAGGUUGAGCGUGGGACCAGGGAUUUUAAAACUAACCAAAAAAAAAAAGAA